GCGGAAGUAACUUUCAUAAUAUCCUGAGUCAUUGCACUCCUGGUUCAAAUCUGCAACGAGACCUCUUAGAACACCCCCUGUCCCGUUACUUUUUCUGUUUUGUAUGUAAGUUUAUUAAAUAAUGGAGGGUUCAGUAUCAAAUGUGGAGGUCUGUAACUUUGCCUACACGGGCCAGUUUGAGAAAUUAAGACAGUGUAUUUUGUCAGAUAAAACGCUUGCCUGCAAAACAGACCAGGUAAGACCGCGUUAUGAUGUGACCAUGAGAUCUGAAGAUUUUUGCCUUUACAUUCCCUUCUGUUUAUAAUUCAGGAUCACAGAACCGCUCUGCACUGGGCUUGUUCUGCCGGCCACACCAACAUUGUGGAGUUCCUGCUUGAUGUGGGAGCUGAAGUGAACCUGCAAGAUGAUGUGAGCCUCCUCAUUUUUCACAUGAUCAUCUUUUCUGUUAGAAGCCAAGUCUGAUACGGUCUGUCUGUACCUUAACCCUAACCCUGGAGGUGUCCCACAGCUAAAACAUGACAGCUGCACUGAACACCCUAUGUCUAUCUGUCCCUAGCAAUCUUAGUCAAGCUAACUUUUUUAUGAAACUGACUCAUCAAUGCAACAUUUAAUUUUAAAUGAAAGACCAGACAAUAUUGUCUCUAAUUUAUAUAUCUGAUAUUCUUUAAUUCAUCAAAUAUUUGGAUUUCAAUCAGAAUCUGAUCAACAGUGUUUCACAAUUAAUUCACAGUGUGAAUUAAUGAUCAUGCAUUUAAGAGGAACAAAAGUUUACAGUUUGUAAAUAUCCCUACCAACCUCAUACAAAAUUAUACUGCCACCCCUCUAGAAGGCGCUAGAGUGCAUACAAAGCCCACACCUCCAGACUCAAGAACAGUUUCUACCAUAGAGCAAUAUAACUGAACAUAAGAAAGCCAGCCAACAGGGACAAUAAAUCAGACUUUUCCCUGUGGUCAACCAAUAAAACUAACAGGACAAUGAGUGCAAUCUGCAAUGGAUGGAUGCAAUAUGGAUGUGUAUAUAUAUAUACAUAUAUAUACAUAUAUAUAUAUAUACCUCAAAUACCUCAAAUCUUUUUCACCACCUGAAGCAGUGCCACGCAAAAGGUUACAAACCCUGAGCGGAGCAAGGAUUCCAUGGCACCUGUGCAGCCGUAACAGCCAACCAUUUAGCCCAAUUUCUCUAGCUCAACGCCCGUACGACAAAACGUUAAAGAGACACAAAGACCUCACAGAUGCAGUAGCUUAUUGUAUUGCAAAAGACAUGCUACCAAUAAGUAUUGUGAAAAUUUAUUUUUUAUAUCGUGAUAUAUCGAUUUUUACUGAUAUGGGAAAAAACAUCUCGGGAUACAUUUUUUCCCAUAUCGCCCAGCCCUAGUAUGUAUGUGUGUGUACAUAUUUAAGAGUGAAUAUGUACAUAUGUAUGUAUGUUUGUGUGAGUGUUCCUUUUAUCCAUGACAUUUCUUCAUAUUUGUGGAUGCAUGUGUGUUUCUGCCAUUCAGGUAUGCCACAGAGGAAUUUAUUGCACCUUGUGUUAUGACAAGAAAGACUUUUCUACCAAUUAUUAGAAUUGACAUGUUACUUGACAGGCUUCAUGGACCCCCCUACACAUCGCAGCAUCUGCUGGCAGAGAAGACAUUGUGAGAGCUUUAAUUUCCAAAGGAGCUCAGCUGAAUUCAAUAAAUCAAAAUGGAUGCACCCCUCUGCACUACGCAGCUUCCAAAGACAGAUAUGAGGUGAGUUAACCCAAGUUACAGUUACAUAAGGUGAUGAGCUUGAUGUGCAUAAUGCCAUACAUUUUUCUAUAUGCUUUAAUUUUUGUGACUUUUUUCAUACAAAACAUGUAAUCAAAGAUCUCUUUAAUGCAAUGUACAGUUUUGUCCCACAUUGGUCACCUUCUGCUACACUUUAUAACAGCAUUUCAGAUUAGAUUAUUGAAUUUCCCUUCAGGGAUUAAUAAAGUUAUUCUUAUUCUUAUUCUUAGAUCAGCAGAUUCCGGUUAGCACAAGCAUUUGCCCACAUGUACCCAUACAAGAGCAUGAGACUGCAGUGUCUUAUGAAUACACAGAAAUCAAGCAGGACUGAACUAAGAAAUAGAGAUAUCCCAGCAGUUCUUUAACAGAGGCUGGAAGUGAAACACAAAUGUGCUGAUUUGUUGUAUUGUAUCAAGUAGUGCUGGUAGUUAAAAUAAACAAAACAAAACAUGCAUGUGAUGAUAUUACUUCAGAGAGGCCUGUAAAAACAUCUUAAACAAUUGUUAAGUUCAUUUAUUAAGAAAAAAAAUGCUCCUCUGAACACGUGACAAAGUGAACAUUGAGCACUCAUCAUUGGCGUGAAUAUGUGUUUCUAGUAUGACAUAUUUUAUAAUGUAAAAACAAGUCUGUGUCUCUUGUGGUAAUUGAAUAUAACUGUCGGAAACAGAUAUCAAAAAUAGAAAAACCACUGGUUAUUGAUAAAUGUUAUAAAAAAGAAACACCAACAUUGAAAUACAGGUUGAUUUCAUCUCUUAUAUUAAAACAAUAAGCCUUUGCUCUUAUCUGGUUGGUUAUCUAGUUGUUUUAUUGUCCUCAAUUAUUACUACACUGUGACUGAAAUGAUAUUUGAUAUACUAUAAGAGAGGAAGUCAUCAAAAUAAAAAGGGAAGAUUUUUGUCAUUACAAUAACUUUUACAAUUUCAGAUUGCCCUGAUGCUGCUGGAAAACGGAGCUGACCCCAAUGCCACAGACAAGUUAGAGUCCACUCCCCUCCACAGAGCAUCUGCAAAGGGCAACUACCGCCUCAUUCAGCUGCUUCUUAAAGAGAGUGCCUCAACCAACAUCCAGGACUCACAGGGCAACACACCACUGUAUGUGUGAACAUGAAUUUGUCAUGUAAAACAUUGUGACUGCUGGUAAAAUUAGGAAGUUAAGGGACAAUACUUCAAGCUGACAGGCACACAACAAAAACAAAGUCAGUUGGGCUGUGUUUAAAACAUAGUGUCUCAUUAUUCUCAAAUGAUAUUCAGCCUCACAGUAGUUACCACCUGUCUUAAUUUUGAAUAUCUAAUGUUUAUUCUUACAGAUUUGGAGUUUUAAAAGCUCCUUUAUGCAUUUGUGAUUCUUUCUCUAAACAGACACCUGGCAUGUGAUGAAGAGCGUGUGGAAGCAGCCAAGUUGCUGGUGGAGCAUGGGGCUAGCAUCUACAUUGAGAACAAGGAGGAGAAGACCCCCCUCCAGUUAGCCAAGGGAGGACUGGGAAACUUACUUCGUCGAAUUGUAGAAGGAUGAUGCAUUUACUUUGUCCCUGUUCAAAUCCCCACCAUUGCCAAGGUACUUUGAGAGUAUUCUCAUCCCAAUCAGUCCCCCCCAGAGCGGCCAGGAGUGACACAUUUGUUUGUGAAAUAGAUGGGAGAUGAGACAAUUGUGAGCGCAAAAGUUGGACCGUACUGCAUCCAGCUCAGGUGGGGCAGUGAAGCCACUCAGAUCUUUAAUUUCUUGUCAGAAACACUCAUUCCUGCACUAAAGAUCAGUGUUUCCAACACUGUAGACUAGUUUCUGAAUUUGAAGUUCUGAAAAAUGGCAGAAUAAAACUGUAUUUUCAGCCUGUUUUAAGAGUAUGUGUAUCUUCAAGGCUACCAAACCCAAGAACGACAGGAUUAUAAGGAGCACCAUUGCUCAUCCUCCUAAAGGGAGCAUGAAGUGAUGUAGAAAAAAUAAUAAUAUUCAAUUUAAUUAUAGGUAAUGUCCAUGCCUGUAAUAUGUAUAAUAUGACUCUUUCCAUAAGCUGAGACACAGUGGAAAAUGUAAAUAGAAACAGGAUGUGAUGAGUUGCAGAACAACCAUGCAAAAUUCAAGAUAAAAAACAAUGUGUCAAGUGUUGAAACCAAGUUUUUUCAUUAUUUAAUGAGAAAAAUUUUCACCCAUUUUGAAUAAAAUGGCACAUUUCAAAAGAACAGCAACUGUUGAAAAAAAAAAAUGGGGGCGUUGUGGUUUGCAGGUGAAUGAACUGAGGCAUAGUGGGAAACUGUCAAAGAAUUCCUGCCUAGAACAUCAUUGACAUCACUUUGUCUGGAUUAGAGGGGAGGGGAGAGGCAAAUUUGCCUGACUGCAGUUACCCAUUGAAAAUGUUAAGCACUUUUUAAAAUGUCAACUACAACAAAGGACAAACGAAACUGCAAAGCCGCUGAAAUCUUACACCAGACAAAAAUGUGAAAAUAUGCAACUCUCAGACUAAGGGCCUCGAUCAGUCUUUUCUGUUCCCAAGUCCUUACAGAGUAUUGUUUUGUUUUUUAUUUUAAAAUGAUGCCAUAGUGGAAAUAGCAUGACCCUAACCAGAGUUUUUAGAAACCUGUUGAAUCUUAGUGCAGGUUCAUUAUUAACAGGAGGUUUUAACUACUUUCUGUUUCAGAUUAAACAGUACCUCAAUGACCAAAUUUCCCUCUCCACCACUGACUGACACAGACACUUUGAAACUAGACCUGAAACACAAAAAAAGUCAGAACAUUAUUUCUUUCAUUGUAAUCACAUGGUUUAAAACAAAAAAACAGAGCAUUGGAUUCACUGCUAGAGAGGAAUGACUAAAAAUUAAUAAAAAUGAAAGUGGGGAAAGUCAGGGAGACUACCGGAUCUCUUUCACUGGAUUUGCAUAGACCAGAAAGAAAGAGGAUGUAAAAAAUUCCGUGAAGGAACAGAGAGCUGGCGGAAGUAUUUUGUCAGUGAAAGUGGGGAAGUCCCAAAGAUCAGCUGCCAUUAAACCACUUUCCAAGGCAUUUUCUUCACAAGUAGCACCAAGUAUGAGAAAUGAAUAUUAAAAAAAAUGUUACAGGUCAGGUGGAUACCAGGAACAUUACAUAACAUGCAGGUUUUGGAGACUUACCGGAGAGACAAGGACCCACCUUACCCGGAGGGACUGUCUGAUAUACACUGUAGUCUACUAACAAGUGUAGGAAAGGGUAUCAAAAUUAGGGGGAUUAAAAAAAUCAGGAAAUUAUAAUGAUUGAAAUUUAACUAUGCUUGGACAAGAGUAGUACAACUGUGGACACUGUUAAGAGGGGUUAUAUUGUUCAGCAACAUGACAUUGAUAAAGGUUAUUUGUGGAGUGAAAAAGUGAGUGGAAAUUUAUUAGACAAUGUGCAAAAAGUUUUGUUUAAAGCAGAAACAAACAAAAAAACCAAGUAGCAAGACAAAGAUUAACUACUACUUCAACCUUGAAUGGGAAAGGCAAGGUGGGUCACCCUUCAAAUUAAUUAAAAUCUUAUUAUGAAAAGGUUGUAAAUGAAAUAAACUCAAUACAAAGCUCUUUAUGGUCUGGGACAAUGACACGUAAAAUGUUACGACUAACAUAUUAAAAAUUAAGCUGUCCCUUCAUAUGUUACAACCAUAGACUGAAUACGGUCUAUGGAUACAACCCAUAACCCAUAACAUAAGAAUAAUGGGGAAAAUGUCAAUGUGGUGUUACCAUAAAAAACAGUACUAAAUAUUUCAACUUGUUCAAAAAAGGAAACAUUUUUAGGCCAAAGUUUCAGCAUUUCUCCUGCUAUAUAUUGCGAAAAUGCAUCCAAUUUUUUUUGUAAAAAAAAUUCCUAACAAAAUGUAUUUUCAAGUGAUAUAAUAAAGUAACUUAAUUAAGUACACUUGAUUACACUAUUGGUGAAAAUAAGUAUGUUGUGGUUGUGUUUGUUGUGGUUACACCACUUGACAUUUUCAAGGGAAAUCCAUCAUUCAUUUUGUAAAAAAAAAAAGGUUUAAAUGCUAUUUGAAAUUAUAUGAAACCAACAGAGAUACAAAAUAUAAAUCUUUGCAAACCUAAUACAAACUUUUAAAACAAUUUAUUAAAACAUUUUUGAAUUA